UCUGUUCUUUUAUAUCUGCCGCUCCGCUGCUGCUUUCUGUUUCUCUAAAUUUUCUCCGGGUUGGGUUCACUGAAAAGCAUGGCGACUUUGCAGCUUUGGGAGAUGUUGAAAGAAGCUAUUCCUGCAUAUACGGGACUCUCUCCUGCGACCUUCUUCACGGUAUUGGCUCUGGCUUUCGCGUUCUACUACGCCAUAUCUGGGUUCUUCUCGUCGUCCCCUGAGCCUCGGAGGAUGAGGGAUGCCCCAGAAGUGGUUGAGCCCCUUCCGCCUCCGGUUCAGCUUGGUGAGAUCACGGAGGAGGUGUUGAAGGCUUAUGAUGGAUCCGACGGGAAGAAGCCUUUGCUGAUGGCAAUCAAGGGACAAAUCUAUGAUGUAACACAAAGCAGGAUGUUCUAUGGUCCUGGAGGACCCUAUGCGUUGUUUGCUGGGAAGGAUGCUAGUAGAGCUCUUGCAAAGAUGUCUUUUGAGGAGAAGGAUUUAACAGGUGACAUCUCAGGUCUUGGUCCUUUUGAAAUUGAUGCCUUGCAGGACUGGGAGUACAAGUUUAUGAGCAAGUAUGUUAAGGUUGGAACUAUUAAGAGAACUGUUCCGGUAGCUGAUGCACCUCCUGCUCCUGCUCCUGCUAGUGAUUCCGUGGAAGCUGCCAAUGUUGAUGGUGCUAAACCUGCAGAAAAUGGGCAAUCAGAGAGUGCUACAGAUGAGCAAGCGGAGCAGCAGCCGGCAAAGGAGGCCGUAGUUGGUGAUGAUGCUGAGAGAGAGUAGUUCCCAACUUCCUAGCUAUCUCCCUGCGUGCUACUGCAUGUGAAGCUUCAGAAUACUUGUAUUUCAUGAUACCGUUUUGUGGUAUUGGUAGACUUGGUGAAAUGUGAGUUAAUAUCUUGGUAGUCCAGAUGAAUACUCCUCUAAUGGGCAUACUAGGUUGAACAUCUUUGCUGAAUAAGGCGUAUAUAGAGCAUUGUAGUAGAGCUGGAGCCUCAAGGAGUCAAAGUUAGUACUUAGUUAUACAAUUAUGUCCGAAAGUGUUAUAUUUUGAAACUAUAGUUUUUGUUUUUUUUGGGUGCGAUAUUUUGAAAACUAUAGUUGAGAUUCAAAUACAAUGAUAAGAUUUGCAGUC